CAGCCGGCCUGGCCUCCAUGAAUAUAUAUAGUAUGCUUAACGGGAUAAUGCCCGCAACGUAGCUAUAGCCAGCCUCCAAAGAUCAAAAACAAACAUUAUAUUUCAUUCAAUUCCCUCCAAAUUAAUUAAACUUGGAAGCAAUGGAGUGAAGGAAGUUGUGAGGGAUAUAUAUGAUGGAUGCAAACACGGAGCGUGAUCUGGUCUCCUUUGUGACGGAAGAGAGCAAAGAGCGUCCAUUUUCUGUGGUGUGCGGUAAGGAAGGUCUGGGCAAGACCACAUUGGUGCAGAAGGUAUACAACAAACCUGAGGUUCGCCAUAAAUUUACGGGGUGUGCUUGGAUCACUGUCACACACCACCUCCAACGCAAAACCCUUUGUAAGGAUAUCUUAUCUCAAAUCGACUAUCGUCCGACAAAGGUCGACGAUGAUGAUGAUGAUGAUGAAGCUUUGGUUGGACAACUUAAAUUAGCCCUGCACUCCAACAAAUACCUCAUUGUUCUUGAUGGUAUCUGCUCAAUGGAGGCUUUGCUAAACGCUAUGCCUGCUGAUAAGAAGAUGCCCAGCAAAGUUGUGAUAACCACUCGGAAUAAAGAAGACACUAAGAAAUUUAUUGUACAGGAAAGGGUACGUUUUCUCGAAAUGAGUCCAUUAACUGAAGAUCAAAGUUGGCAACUAUUUCUCAAAACGCAAUUGCAUUGUCACCCAUGGUCAUCAGUUUUUGUAGACGACUUUGAAAGCACGUUGAAAGAGAUUUGCAAAAAGUGUGAAGGUGUGCCAUUGGCUUUAAAGUUGCUUGGAAAUUUAAUGGCAUGGAAGGAGCGCAUUGAAUGGAAUGAAUUACGACAGCAAGAAUGCUGUGUGUCCGCACAACAGCUUUUGGAGUUGUCUUACUCGCUUUUGCCGGAGCAUCUGAAGAAAUGUUUGCAUUAUUUGGCACUUUUUCCAGAAGAGACAGUAGAUAUAGAAGCAGACAAGUUGUGCAAUCUGUGGAUAGCUGAUGAAGAUAUUAAUAAGAUGAUGAUAAACACUCCUUCUCAACCCCAAGAUGGCAUGUUGUCCACGGCAGAAACAUAUCUUCAAAAACUAGCCACUCUAGGCUUUGUCCAGGUUCAAGAACCAACAAAGAUCAAAUCAUGCAGCCUUCCUCACUAUGUGCGAGAUUAUCUUUGCAGUGGGAAGUCAAAAGAGGAAAGUUUCUUUGAAACACAUCAGCUGCAAGUGCGUGGCCUUGCCUUUUAUUUUGACAAGCGUGUUGGUGAGUAUGCUUUUCUGUUGAAGCCAAAAGAAACAGACAAGGAAGUGCGAUUAUCCAUUUUGUUCUUGAAUACCCGUCAACAGGAUGACCAUUUAUUAUCCCCAAAAUCAUUAGAUUUGACGAAUUGCAAGCUGUUACGGGCAUUAGACUUCAAUUGGCUUGAUUUUGGUGAUAAGUUCCCUCAAGACAUCAACAAGCUUGCUCACCUGCGUUAUCUCAGUUUCAGGGACUGCUACCUGAAAAAAUUGCCAGCAUCAAUAGGAAAAAACUUGGAAACUCUGGAUUUGCGGGUUAACCCCAAGGUUGUUUACGAGAUCAUGAGUAUAUCAAAUGUGUUACGUCAGCUUAAGAGAUUGAGGAGCCUUUAUUUACCUUAUAAGUUUGCAGAUGAAACUGGUCAAACCAAAUUGCAGUUGGGUCACCUAAGUGAGCUUGAGAAUCUCCAAAACUUUGUUUCAACUCAUUGUCAGGCUAAUGAUCUCCGCAGUUUGGAAAAACUCAGGUAUUUGGCAGCAACUAUUGAUGGAGUGGAAGACCUGGAGGUGACUAUCGAAUGCCUGCAGAGGGAAGGUACAUCCAAAUCAUCAUCCAUUCACCUCGAAAACAUUGAUUUUUACUCUGGAGGGAGAUCAAGAGGCGCCCCUGCUCUAAGUAGCCUAUUGGGAUGCGUAUCCUUGAACGCAUUGCAUGUACACGGCCAAAUACGCACCUUACCAUGGCCUAUUUCUGACAAGCUUACAGAGAUUUUCUUGAUUGCUUCUGAACUUGAGGAAGAUCCAAUGCCAUUAUUGGGGGAUUUACGCAAAUUACAGAAACUUGGUUUAGGCAAUAAUGCCUUUCUUGGGGACCAAAUCAUCUGUAGAAAAUCAGGUUUCCCCGAGCUCAGGUAUUUGAAACUGUCAAUUUUGCCCGAGUUAAAGACUUGGACUCUUCAAGAAGGAGCUAUGCUUAAACUUUCUACUCUCAUCAUUGAAAAUUGCAAAAGCCUUCAAACACUCCCAGAUGGACUCAGCACUCUCCAAGAACUGAGUUUUGUAAACAUGCCCGAAACAUUCACGGACAAAUAUGAAAGGCAGGGAGAAGAUUUCUCUAAAAUCAAGCAUGUGCUUAGCAUCAAGAUUAUUAAUCCUAAAUCGUGAUCAACAGAAAUGCAGGAACUUUCCAACACAUGGGCCUAUUGGUGGAAAUCCCUUAGCAAGAAGAAUUUCUCUACCUCUAUCCACUUUUAUUUACAGCCGGUUGAAUUUGUAUUGUAUUCUUAAAUGGUAUUUGCAUGCAAUUUGUAUUAUUUGUGAAAUACUGUCUAGAUGUCUAUGUUCUACUCUUCAAAAGUGUGAUUUUCAGUUUAUGUUAUGUAUGAAUUAUUGUCUUGAUGUUUAUGUACGUGAGACUCAUGUGUGUUCUACUCUUCAAAUUUGGGAUUUAUGAAAUAUAUAAGUAUUGUACGUUGUUUAGA